AUGGCAUUGAGCGUCCUUGGCCGGUGUAUGGACAUGGAGUCGGAGCACAAGGAGUUGCAACUUCGCAACGUGUGGUCGCAAUCAGAGCGGGAGGUGUUCCGCGAGAAAUACCUUCAGCACCCCAAGAACUUCGGCCAGAUUGCCUCCUUUCUGCCCCGGAAGAGUGUCAGGGAUUGUGUUAGAUUCUAUUACCUAUCGAAGAAGGCUGAGAAUUACAAGCAGUUGUUGCGGAAACCGCGCCAGCGCCGCUCCGCGCGCAAUCCGCCGCGGCCGGCGCCGGAGCCCGACCUGCCCGCCGGAGUCACCACGCGCCUCCAGAGGUCGCAAGGAGCGACGGCGCGGUCGGUGGAUAACAAGGAGCCGAGCUUGGACGAGACGGGGCUGGCUUCUGGAGUCUCCUGCAUCCUGCCCACGGCGGCGCCGCAGCCCGCAAGAACGGAACUCCGAACGCCGCCUCUCAUACCAUCCCCGCCGCCGGCGUCGUCAGCCCCCGGCGGCGCGCCGUCGGUCGCCGACUCGCCGCCGACGCCGCCGCCGCUGGAGCUCACGCCGGACACGCCGCUACCGCCGCUGCCGCCGAUGCCGCCGCCGACUACUUGUGAGGCGAUGAUGACAACGACUGUUGUGACGACAUCAUCAUCACCCACCAGCGUGCCCUCCCCGCUGCCAGCGACCAGCCUGGCGCCCGCAACGGUCGCUCCCGCAGCAUCAUCGCCGGCGCCCGUCUCGCUGUCGGCGGCGGCGGUGUCGUCCAUCCCCACGCCGCCGCCGGGAAGCGCGCCGCCCACGCCGCAGCCGCCGCCGACGCCGACGCAACCGCCGCCGACGCCGGAAACAGCGGUUACGGAACGCGUCAGUACGCCGUCCAGCAUACCACCUUGCAGUACACCGGGCCCGGUGACGUCGACGCCAAGCCUCGUGACGACGGCGACGGCGACGCCGACCGCCGCGGUCACCGUCACGGCCGUCACGACGGUCGCCAGUGCGCCGAGCGGCGCGUGCGCGGUCUGUGGAGCGCCGAAUGCCACGCGAACAGUUUCAAGAGCGCGUGCGGCACAUUAUGGACUACAAGAGGAGGCAGCAGGCGCGCGAGUAUGCGAGCCGUGCCACUGCCGCUGCGUGCGGUCGCGCUACACGCGCUGCCCCGUGCCCACGUGCCCGGGCCCGCGCGUGCGCGCCAAGCGCCUGCGCCACCUGCCGCCGCGCUGGCACGACCUCAGCCCCGCGCUCAAGCGGCCAUUGUUGGAGGAGCUGCAAAUACCAAGCGAGCUCAGCAAGUGCUGCCUGGCGUGUUUCAAGCGGAUCACCCGGCGGUUAGAAUCUGCGGGCGAGAGCGCAGAACCUUCGGAGGAGGAAGUGUCCCGCUUCCGGGCACUCUUAAGGGAACACGGGACCGCUUGGGAGCGCGCCGGAGCGGCGGCCGGGAGGUCGCCGGCAGCGCUGAAGGCCUUCUACUUUACCUACAGGAUAGUUGACCAGAUGCGUUAG